AUGGUAAAACCCGAUUCCGGUGAUGUUCUCCCUGAUCYGUGGCAGGAGCUGGUGACCUUCGAGGACGUGGCGGUGCUCCUGAGCCGGGAGGAGUGGGACACGCUGGCACCGGGGCAGCGGGAGCUGUACCGGAACGUCAUGGCUGACACCUACGAGCUCCUGACCUCCCUGGGUUAUGCAGGCCCCAAACCCGACAUCCUGCACCGGCUGGAGCGCGGGGAAGAGCCAUGGAUCUGCCCAUCGCCAGGACACGUUGGGAGCUGGCUGGAGGAGUCUCCCUCUGGCUGGUGGCCCAGACCCAGCAAGUGCCAGGGGCCGGAGCCCUCAUGUCCAGGACAGAGCACAUCAUGGGGUCUCCAGGCCAGCAGGCUCCUGAAGAAGUUCGGCUGUCUCGAGGGAUGGAGCCAAUUCCCGAUGGGAGGGGACAGCGGACCGGGAAGCCAGGCCCUGCCAUGGCUUGUGAAGGAGGAAGUGGAGGACAACUCUGGACCGGUGGAAAACCUAAUCCAGAGUGGGACAUUCCCGAUUCAUUCUGUGCCAGAGCAGCAGGACAUGGAUACUUGGGGGCAGCUGUGGGAUGAGCCCAGGGAGAGCCAUCACGGGAAUAUCCAAAGCCAUGGCCCGGGAGAGGCGCCGGGGAGCUACAAGCUGAGGGUGGAGGAGCUGAGGGUGGCCGCGGCCAAGGACCACAGCUACUGCCUGCGGAGCGAGCCGAGCGCGCCCGGCGCCCCCAAGGUGUGCCCCCCGCGGGAGCACAACUACAGCAGCGCCACCGAGAGCCGUGGACUGCGCCGGGGCAGGGCCUUCUGGACUGUGCGCCGCCGGCUGCUGCGGCAGCAAUCUCACCUCGGCGCCAUGUUCCGCAAGUCCAGGGAGAUCCUGCGGCGCUACCGGCCCUACGGGAGCCGGGGCUUUCCAUGGAGGGGCUGUGCCGUGUGCCGCGCUCGCGCGCCAGGGAAGCACCCCGGGGUUUGUCCUCCCGCGGCCGCGGCCGCGCCGGGUGAUACCGGGAGYGCCAAAGGGGCGACGUCAGACACGCGGCGUGCCCCAGAUGGGAUUUUGGGAACCGUGGCUUCACACCCUGCCCCGAUCCCGGCCGUGGGGGUGAGGAAGGGAGCAAGGCUCCCAGAGGAUCCCCGCGCCAGGCGGAAGCUGGAAGGAUGCACAGAAUCRCAGAAAACCCCGGGAGUGUCGCUUCAUGAUGUGUUCCAGAACGUGCUGCAGGCCCUCGGCUCCAUGCUGGACUCCCUGUGCCACAAAUUCGAGGUCCAGGGGAYCUCCCAAGGGAAGAGCAUCUGGCCCAUCGUUAUCCAGAUUGACAACCUGACACAGGUCCCAAAGUCCUGACUCCCGGGUAAAACUGGGAUUGGAUUCCCUGAGGCACAACACCCAAUCGCCCUCAGUCCUGGAGGAGAAAUGCUGCGGAGGCAGAUGGGGGGGUUAAACUGGGAUUGUGGGGUUUGAUGAACUGGAAUAGACUGACAAACUUUGGAGAAAAGCAGUGGAAAAAGGGUAGGAUCAGUGUGCCUCAGAGGAGGAAAGUGAACAAGCGCCCCAUAAAUACUGUAAUGCUUUGGGUUGGAAGGGAUCUUAACAGCCAUCCUUAAACACCAGCCAGGGGUCGGGCUCUGCUCUCUGGGAACCAGGGAUGAGAGGAAAUGGCCUCAAGCUGAGGUUUAGGUUGAAUACUGGGAAAAUUCCUUCCCCAAACGGGCUGUCCAGGGCAGGUGUGAAGUCCCCAUCCCUGGAGAGAUUUAAAAGUCAUGUGGAUGUGGCACUUGGGGGCACAGCUCAGUGGUGGCCUUGGACUCGGGGAUCUCUGAGGGCUUUGCCAACAUCAACAAUUCCAUGAUUCUGCAAUUCCUUUAAGAACAGUCCUGCCCGCGAAUGGUGAAACGGGAAUUUAAAGCAAAUAA